AAAUAUACAUGAUUACAAUAUGGCGUCCAGCACAGGUUUUGUGGCCUCGUUGUUCCUCUUAACUCUUUGCGUCGGUUUCAUCGAAAACAUACAUUAUGAACCUACAUGGCAAUCGCUGGAAUCGAGGCCAUUACCGAAAUGGUUUGACGAAGCAAAGUUCGGAAUCUUCAUUCACUGGGGAGUUUAUUCAGUGCCAAGUUUUACCGGUGCGUGGUUUUGGAAUCAGUUGAUGAAUGGCGACCCUAAGGUUGUGAAGUUCAUGCACCAAAACUACAGGGAUGAUUUUACCUAUGGAGACUUUGCUUCUCAGUUUAGAGCAGAAUUUUUCAACGCAGACGAAUGGGUGGACCUUUUCCAAGCUUCAGGAGCGAAAUACAUUGUGUUUACUACAAAGCACCAUGAUGGGUUCACCAUGUGGCCGUCCAAUGUGUCUUGGAACUGGAACUCAGGCGAUGUUGGACCUGCGAGAGAUAUUGUUGGGGAGCUUACCACUGCUCUUCGAAACAAGACUGACCUGAAACUUGGCUUGUAUCAUUCCCUGUUUGAGUGGUUCAACCCUUUGUGGCUCCAAGACCAAGCCAAUAACUUCACCACCAACAACUUUGUGACUAGAAAGACUAUGCCAGAGUUGUACCAUAUUGUGAACACGUACCUGCCCGACAUGAUACACUCAGACGGAGACUGGGAGGCCACGGACACCUACUGGCAGUCGAAGGAGUUCUUUGCCUGGAUGUACAAUGACAGCCCAGUGAAGGAAAACGUGAUCAUCAAUGACGCCUGGGGAAUCAACUGUACAUGUCGCCAUGGCGGCUUCUUCAACUGUCAGGAUAAGUUCAAUCCACACAAACUGCAACCUUUCAAGUGGGAGUGUCAGACGUCCAUUGACCCAAUCUCCUGGGGUUUCCGACGCAACAUGAAGAUUAGUGAAUUGAUGACCACAGACCAGAUAAUUUCCAACAUGGUGGAGGUGAUCAGCUGUGGUGGCAACUACCUCCUCAACAUUGGUCCGGAGCCAGACGGCAUCAUUCCAGCUGUGUUCAAGGAGAGACUGCUUGACCUUGGGACCUGGUUGGGGGUCAACGGAGAGGCCAUCUACACCACCCAACCCUGGGUCUACCAGAACGAUUCCAUCACUCCCAAUGUCUGGUACACCUCCCGUGAUGGACCCACUGGUCAAAUUGUGUACGCCAUUGUCCUGGACUGGCCUGAGGGUGCGACCUUGACCCUUGGCUCCCCUGAUCCAGAGGUCGGCACAGCGGUGAGCAUGAUUGGCUACGAAGGAGACUUCACAUGGAGCAGGAACGGCAUGGACGGCAUGAACAUCGACAUCCCGGCUAUCCCCGUGAACAAGAUGCCCUGUGACUGGGGCUGGGUCUUCAAGAUAACAGGGCUGAUCAACUAGAUGAAUGAAACAUCCCUGAGAUAUGCAAGG